AGUCGGGGGACAUGCCAGGGGCUUUGCUACGUCCUUUGGGAGAAUUCAUUUCCCUUAGUGAACAGUAGCCAGUAUCUUGUAAACCCCAAAACUGCCCAUGAAAAGCAUGGAAAAGCGUUAGUCACACUCUUUUCAUAGGCUACAUUAGGUGAGACGGCCCUUUUCUCUCCAAACGAGGGACUGGUUUGCUAUAAUGUCUACAAGUCCUAAGACUGAAUUAGAACAAGGUGACUCCAAUGAAGAUGUGUCUUGUUUUGGUGGCCAGCCGGACGGAGCGGCGUCUCCCCUUCAGCCUAGCAGAGCUGUCAUGCUGCCCAAAGUCGAGUCAGAAUCUUUGGGACUCGCUCGAUCGCAUGGGGAACAGGGGCACAUGCCAGCCAACAUGCAAGCCCCUCAGUUUAAAAUGAUGGACUACUCGUAUGAUGAAGACUUGGAUGAAAUGUGCCCAGUAUGUGGAGACAAAGUGUCUGGGUAUCACUAUGGACUCCUCACCUGUGAGAGCUGUAAGGGUUUCUUCAAGCGCACUGUUCAGAACAACAAAAGGUACACAUGUAUCGAGAACCAGAGCUGUCAGAUAGACAAAACCCAGCGGAAACGCUGCCCCUACUGCCGCUUUCAGAAGUGCCUCACAGUCGGCAUGAAGCUGGAAGCCGUGAGAGCGGAUCGCAUGCGGGGAGGCCGGAACAAGUUCGGGCCGAUGUACAAGCGCGACCGGGCCCUCAAACAGCAGAAGAAGGCUCUGAUCCGAGCCAACGGACUCAAAAUAGAAGCCAUGACGCAGGUGAUGCAAACGGUGCCCACGGACCUGACGAUAUCCUCCGCCAUCCAGAACAUCCACUCGGCCUCCAAAGGUCUACCUCUCAGUCAUGCCGCCCUCCCCCCCACAGACUAUGACCGAAGCCCCUUUGUCACGUCUCCCGUCAGCAUGACCAUGCCCCCCCACGCCGGCAGCCUACAGGGCUACCAAGCUUACGGCCACUUCCAGAGCCGCACCAUCAAGUCCGAGUACCCGGACCCUUACACCAGUUCGCCCGAGUCCAUCAUGGGCUACCCCUACGUGGACACCUACCAGAGCGGUUCCCCUCCCAGCUUCCCACACCUCAUAGUGGAGCUGUUGAAGUGCGAGCCGGACGAACCGCAGGUGCAAGCCAAGAUCCUGGCCUACCUGCAGCAGGAGCAGGCUAGCCGGGGCAAACACGAGAAACUCAACACCUUUGGUCUUAUGUGCAAAAUGGCUGACCAGACGCUCUUCUCCAUUGUGGAGUGGGCAAGGAGCAGUAUAUUCUUCAGAGAGCUUAAGGUUGAUGACCAAAUGAAGUUACUGCAGAACUGUUGGAGCGAGCUUUUAAUUCUUGACCACGUGUUCCGGCAGGUCAUGCACGCCAAAGAAGGCUCCAUCCUCCUGGUGACUGGCCAACAAGUGGAUUACGCUGUAAUUGCCUCCCAAGCCGGGGCCACUCUCAACAACCUCCUGAGUCACGCGCAGGAGCUGGUGGGGAGGCUUCGCUCCCUGCAGCUGGACCAGAGGGAGUUCGUCUGCCUCAAGUUUCUCGUGCUGUUCAGCUUGGAUGUAAAGAACUUGGAAAAUUUCCAUUUGGUGGAGAGUGUUCAGGAGCAGGUGAACGCUGCGUUGUUGGACUACGUCAUGUGUAACUACCCUCAGCAGACGGACAAGUUCGGCCAGCUCCUCCUCCGGCUCCCUGAGAUCCGCGCCAUCAGCCUGCAGGCGGAGGAGUACCUGUACUACAAGCACCUGAACGGGGACGUGCCCUGCAACAACCUGCUCAUCGAGAUGCUCCACGCCAAACGCGCCUGAGACGCUCCACGCCAACGCAUCCAUUACAACCUCUCGCCCGCCCCCCCCCCCCUCCGAACGGCACCCGAACGCCCCACGUCCCGACCCCAUCUGACGACACCGCUCGACGCCAUCGCCCAAGCAUAAGCCUGUAAACGUUCACAAACCCCCUCGCCCUCAGAGAAGAAGAAGAAGACCAAAACCGCCCGACUUUAUGCCGCGGUCACGUCGACCCAGAAAGGCUGGAUUCAAAAAGACGGGACGGGAAGAGUCAGUAGACGGUUUUAACUCGGUUAAUGUUUCGCCGACUUGGGAGAUGGUGUUUUUCUGUCCAAACGAACGAACGAACGAACAAACAAACAAAAAAAGAAGAAACAAAAAAAACAAACAGAAAAAAAAGUGAUGUAAUGACUUGUGGGCUAUUGCCUUGGUGCAAAACAGACAGCGAUUCACGUGCACUAGUGCUUCUGUUAGCAUGAUCAAGAGUUUCUUCAGCCCAGGCAGCACCAGGAGGACUGGAGAGGAGAAAAGAGGAGAGGAGAGGAGAGGGGAGGAGAGGAGAAAAAGAGAGAGGAGAGAGGAUUUGGGUUCCUCUCUGACUCAUGGCACGUAGUUGGUGUUGGUACUGUGUUUUAAUGACUUUUGGAAGCUCUCUCUCGCUCUCUCUCUCCCUCUCUCUCUAUCUCUCUCUCCCUCUGGCCUCUUUAUGUCUGUUUUAAGGCACAUGAGUUGGGCAAGUGCCAGGCAUAAGACUGUAAGGUUGGCACCAUGCCCAGCCCAUCUCUGUGUGCUGACAAGGACUGGUUUGCAGCCUUCUCACCAAAAAUGUACAUAAUAAACCAAGACGAGACCCAGUGCGAAAAAAAACAAAAAAAAAACCUAUCUUUCGAAACACGGCAGUCAUUUCUUCCUCUUUGUCACUCUGAGAAUAAGCUUCUUUAAAUCUGCCCCCCCCACCACUGACCCCCAACAAAGUGAUCAUCACCUGUCUGCUUUUUACAUCAAAGUGUAUAAAUAAAUUUGUUUUUAUCAGUAAGUUAUUUAAUACUUCUGUGGUUCUGUUAUGCCAACUCACUGCUCACCCUCACGGUUUUCUGUGGAAGAUUCGUCGUUUCGACGAGCAAAAAAGAAGCGUCUGUCUUCUUUUCCAAGUAACCCCCCCCCCCACCCCCCUCGUUGUCGUUGAAAGAGCAGGGACAAGGGCCAAGAAGAAGAAAUACUGCCUCUGUCAAUGCAAGACCAAAGCCUGC